CCUUCGCCCAACUACCUGUGCGCGGCUUGCUCCGGCUCCGCUCUCUCGAGCCGGCUCAGCUCCGCCCACGUUUCUAUUUAAGGGCGAUUAUCACGAGCCCCGCCUCGCCGUCGAUUACUUUUAGCUACUCGGCCGCUUGCUUCUCCGCCGUCUUCCCCCCGUUGCUUCUUCCCUUUACGAGACCGGUAGGGUUGUUGCUUCCGCCUCUCGCCUUCCUCUUCUUUGUUCCUCCUCCAAACCCUAGUUGAUCGGCUUGGUCACUCCUCUUCGACUCCGAUUUGGUUUCGAUCAAGCUGCGAUUUGUGAGGCAAAUGGUGGAGGUGAAGCAUCAAGAUCUGUGAAUCGGUGGAGAUUCGAGUUUCAGCAGGAUACGGGCGGCGAUGGGCGCGUUUUGGACUAAGGAUGACCAGCAGAUGGCGGUAGCGGUGCUCGGUCCUCAAGCCUUUGACUAUCUCAACGCCAGGCACGCGGCCUUCCCCGACGGCCAUCUCACUGCUAUCGGAGGCGGCGAUGACGACCUCCAGACCAAGCUCCAGCACGUCGUGGAGGAUCCCGGCUCCGCUUGGGCUUACGCCAUCUUCUGGCAGAUCUCGCGGUCGGAGGCCGGGGAACUCGUCCUGGGCUGGGGCGACGGACACUGUCGCGAGGUUGGGGAUUUCGAGGAGGAGAGCGGCGCCCUCCCGCGUAACCCCCUCGAUUGCGCGCACCAGAAGAUGCGGAAGCGGGUGCUCGAGCGGCUCCAUGCGCUAUCCGGCGGGUCUGACGACGAGAAUUACGCGCUCCAGCUCGAUCGCAUCACGGGUGCUGAGAUUUACUUCCUCGCGUCGAUGUACUUCUCGUUUUCCAAAGGGGAGGAUGCUCCCGGAAGAGCGUUUGUUUCAGAUAAGCACAUAUGGAUAUCCGAGGCGGAAUUGACGUCUCCUGGAUGCUCCAACUACUGCGUGCGGGCUUAUCUCGCGAGGUCUUCAGGGUUCCGCACCAUCGUGUUUGUGCCGUGUGUUGCGGGCGUGCUCGAAUUGGGAUCGGCGAAGGCGUUGCCGGAGAGUUUUGAGGCGCUGCAGAUGAUCAGAUCCAUUUUCGGGCAGGAUUACGUUAAGGCGGCUACUUUGAUCAGGGAAAAUACAGACGAGAACAUCGAUCCGGCUUUUGCUUCGCGCUCUGGCAAAGGCGAUCAGGUCGCCGAGUUUCCGAAGAUCUUUGGGAAAGAUCGGAGCACUCGCCGUUCCCACGCCAAAGAAAGGGACCCGAACCUGAAGAAGGAACAAGUUCCAAUUGGCAUAAUAGCAAAGCACGGCGUUCUCUAUCCAAAGAGCCACCCACUAAGCGACGGUGCUACUGUGUUUCAAUGGAAUCAACCCGGUUCGAACUCCAUUCAGCAGAAAUUCCUCGAUGGAUCGCCUUCUGUUCGACAAAUUGACACAGUCAUUGGCGAUGGCCGGAGGAUCAACCUCCUCCAACAGAAGAAGCAGCAGCCACGGCUGCACCAGAAAUUGCGUUCACACCCACUGUCACAGUCGAGCCAAAUUGAUUUCAGCACUGGGACGUUGGCCGAUGCUCCUUCUACUAGUGUACUGAUGGACCGUGCCCGUACAGCUGACUCUGAGCUCUCAGAUGUCGAGCUUCCAUUCAAAGAAGAUAAAGAAGGCGCAACUGAAGAGCGCAGGCCAAGAAAGAGGGGUCGGAAGCCAGCGAACGGUAGGGAAGAGCCGCUGAACCAUGUCGAAGCUGAGCGCCAGAGAAGGGAGAAGCUUAACCAGAAGUUUUACGCUCUGAGAGCUGUGGUGCCCAACAUCUCGAAGAUGGACAAGGCCUCCCUGCUCGGAGAUGCCAUCUCUUACAUCACUGUGAUCGAGAAGAAGCUCAAGGAGAUGGAAGCAGAGAGGGAAAUGUGGGGUGAUCCAUCAUCCAUGAACUACAAACAUCAGGCUCAUUGUCCCGAGGUUGAUAUCCAAUCAACCCAGGAUGAGGUAAUUGUUCAAGUGAGUUGCCCUCUAGAGAAGCACCCUGUCUCCAAGGUCAUUCAAGCUUUCAGAGAUUCACAUAUCAAUGUGGUGGACUCCAAGGUUUCUGUUUCUACUGACAGCGUCCUUCAUACUUUCAUAGUGAAGUCCCCUGGAACUGAGCAACUUACCAAGGAGAAGUUAAUGGCUUCUCUAACUCAUGAAUUGAGUGAUACACUACAUUGAAACUCUGGUGUUAAUACCCCCUAUGGCAAGCUUAUCAUGGUAGGCUUUGAUAAGCAAAUUAGCUGAUGUCGAUAAUAGCUAAUACUAUCAUUUAACAAUCUGCGACUUCACCACUCAUUUGUAAGGUCCCUCACCAUUUUCCUAGAGUUCGGCAUCGAAGUGUUUUACAGAGAAUUCAGUAAAGUAAUUUUGGUUGAACAUAUCUUGGUAGUUUCCUCUAUUCUCACUGGCAAUGUGAUGGAGUUAUCUGGCCAAUGGCAUUUCCUAAUUCCUCAGGAAUGAAAUAUGUCCCACUCUAGACAUUUUGCUGCCUCCUAUAGUUUGGUUGAUCAAGAAUUCUGGCGCAAUUUUCUCUUCAAGAAAUCACCAAUGCAAUCUGUAAACAAAGCAAAAGGAAAGGGCAGCGUGCGAAAGCAAGCAGUCCGACCAAUCUUUUCUGCCGGAGGGUAACAUCUGCCACUAAACUACACAUUAUUGAGAAAAAAAGACUGCAUGCUUACUUUGAUUUUAUUGCAAAAUUUCCCCACCUGGCUUAUUACUUUAGGUUAAGUUUCUUGUUUCACGGAAAAAAAAAAACACUCGCACAUCCUAUUUAUCUUUUUUUUAAAUAAAUACUGUCGAUUAUAAAUUGAUCCUGAUUUAUCUUUCUUUAGAUGGA